AAUUUGCUCAGAUUAGGUGGCAACCUUGUCAACGACAAUAACCGCAGCCAACUUCGAGCGUCUUGUUCUUUUUUCCGGUUGACUUUGACUAGCAAGAUGCCAGGUGUCACAGUGAAGGAUAUUGACCAGCAUGCCGUUACCAAGGCGGUCGCAGUUUUCCUUAAGAAGACUGGCAAAUUGAAGGUGCCCGACCAGAUGGACAUCAUCAAGACAGCCAAAUUCAAGGAACUGGCACCCUACGAUCCCGACUGGUUCUAUGUGCGUUGCGCCUCGAUUCUGCGUCACCUUUACCACCGCAGUCCCGCUGGCGUUGGCUCCAUCACCAAGAUCUACGGUGGCCGCAAGCGCAACGGUGUGCAUCCAUCGCACUUUUGCCGUGCCGCUGAUGGUGCUGCCCGCAAGGCGCUGCAGGCUCUUGAGCAUGCCCGCCUGGUCGAGAAGCACCCCGAGGGUGGCCGCAAAUUGAGCUCGAUUGGACAGCGCGAUUUGGAUCGCAUUGCCAACCAGAUUGUGGCCAAGCAGCGUGACGCCGCCAAGCAGACUGGCCCUAUUGUUAUUUCCAAGUAAAUUGAUUGUGUUGUACCCGCGUGCCUGGACACCGCACCGAACCAAUCCCAAGUCUAUAAAAAUAAUUUAGACUUCUACUGUAAGAGUUUUUUGUUUGCACACAAAAGAUACGAGAAUAUAAAAACAAUUCACUAAAGUCUACAAAAACAAGCGUAAA